AUGGCAGCAGAUGUACUGUUAUGGACAAGUUGUUAUGAUGAAGCGGGUCCGUUAACUGGAAGUGGAUUCAACGAAGUUGAUCGAAUUCAAAAGGCCUCGAAGUUGUUCCAUAUAUCAGCCAAACCACCACACAAUUUUGUUUUUCCCCACGCUUGGGAAAUGAUAAAGAAUGACCCAAAGUGGAGGCCUAAACUCAGAUGGGCAUUGUCACUAAAGGAACGACAGGAUUGUCAACUGCGUCCGGAAGGGGACACCGAGGAUAGCAGUGGAAGUGGAAAGAGAUCGAGAACUGACAGUGAAGCUGAAGGAGAUGUUCCCGUUGGUGGGUUUUCAUCAGGAGGUAUACCCAGACCCGACUGGGUAAAAAAAGCAAAGGCUAAGCGUAAGGGAAAAGCUAUUGCUCAUGAUAGUGCAAUUUUAAGUAUUGGUGAACAGAUACAGGCUUGUACUGAAGUUAGAAGCUUUGAGACAAAUUUACGGCAGCAAAGGUUGGAGCUUGAAAGGGAAAAGGAAAAGAGGAAAAACAAACAGGUCGAAUUACAAGAGAAGAAGAUGAAAUUUGAUAUGUUGCAAGCAAUUAUGUCCAAAACGACGCCACUUACACCAACUGGAGAAGCGUGGAAGGAGGAACUAAUUCAAGAAGUGUAUGGUGGAAAGUAG